AUGAAUGGAAUUGGAGGCAGCAAGAGGACAAUUAGACAAAUACGGUCAGACAAGGAAAGAGAAAACUCUCAGCCUGUGUCGUCUCGCCAGCCUCCCUCUGUGCUCACCUGUGAAGACUCUGACCCUCAAACCACUAUCUCCACCUCCAACCUUUGUCAAAUGGACUCUUUGGCCCCGGAUCUAGAUGACACAUCCCCCAACAUGUCAUCAGACAGUCAGAGAGAGGCAGGAGAGGGCUGGGACAGAGAGCAAGCCAAGCGAUUGGAGGAGAGGAACAGAUGGUUUGAGGGGGCGAUCCCCUUCAGAGAGAUGGGCAGCAGAUGGGACUCUCUGGAUCUGAAGAAAGCCAGCGUACCUGUACCUGUCACUCACACCAUGGACGUGGACGUCAACAAUAAGUGGGUGGAGUUCGAGAGUCUAACAUUCAGGGAGAUGAGCGUGCUGUCUCUGAUUGGUGCACAGACUAAUCAGACCAAUCAGACGAUUCCUAAUCAGACGAUUCAGACGACCAGUGCAACGGUCCUACAGAGGGAGGCGCUAUCACUCAGGCAGCAGGUGGAGUGUCUGCGUAAGGAGCGUGUGGAGAUGGGGAUGGAGGUGGACAGUCUGUGUGGCCCCUGGGCCCCCUGCGGCCAGCGUCUGGAGGCCACGGAGGUGGCCCACUGCAGGGCCCUGAUGGAGCUCCAGGAAAGCCACGCCAGGGAGGUCCGAGAGCUGCAGAGACAGAGAGAGAGCCUACUGCAGGAGGAGAGCCAGGCCACGGCACAAGCAGUUGAGGCCCUGAAGGAGGCUCACAGGGAGGAGCUGGAGAGGGAGGUGGAGAAAGCCAGAAGGAUGACUGAAGGGGGUGGCCAUAUGGAUACUACGCACAGAGGACAGACGCCCCAGGCUGAUGCCCUCCACAGUGAGUUAGACGUUCUGUCAGAGAGAUAUUCCCAGAAGUGCCUGGAGUUGAACCGGGCCGAGCAGAGAGGAGGAGACAGAGAAACAGAGCUGAGCUGGAAGGACAGAGAGAUGGAACAGCUCCGCAGAGAGAACCAGGAACUGCAGGCUCGUCUGACUGAGGAGAUCAGCCACAUGCGCCACUUCAUCACAGGUCAGAGGUCAGGAAACGCCUCCCUUGGCAACUGUGAGCGCAGACCCUCGGAAUUGGAAAUGCUGCUACGAGCAAAGGAGAUUGAGGCUGAGUACCUACAAAAGGAGAUUGGCUGUCUAAGGAAUGAAGUGCAGUCUCUAACUACGGAGAAGCAGAGUUUGUGUGACCGCUACAAAGAGGUGUACGUGGAGCUGAUUGGCAUGAAGGGUCGCAGUGAGCUGGAGAUCAGGGACCUCAGGGAGCACCUGAGACUGGCCAACGCAGCGCUGCAAGAGGAGAGUCGAGACACCUGAGACUGGCUAACGCAGCGCUGCAAGAGGGGAGUCGAGACAACUGAGACUGGCCAACGCAGCGCUGCAAGAGGGGAGUCGAGACAACUGAGACUGGCCAACGCAGCGCUGCAAGAGGGGA